CGCCAUCCCGAGGCAGGGACCCACCCCAGCAGCACCAGGUUCAGGUAUUCCACCAAGCUUACUCUCCGCCUUGGUUGCGCAAGGAAUCCCCAAGUAGCCACCCGUGAUCCGAGCCGCCCUCCUUCACCCUCGCUGCCUAUUGUCUGUGUUUGGUACAAUAGUUCGUCCAGCCACAUGUAGCUAUCCGUCGGCGUCAAUCCCAACAUCCUCACUGGCCGAAUCCGAGUCGACUCAAACUGUGCCCAGCGAACCGCCCAUUCCCAGCACCGACAAGCAGACCAACCGACAGCCUUCCUGAUCCCCGCGGCACCCUGCCCGCGCUGGCGCAUGGGCCUACAACCAACCCGCCUACUCUCCUCUGCCUUUAGGCCGCCGACCACCUCGGGCGUGGACGCCGCCGACCUCGGGCCGCCACGCAACCAUGGCCGCGCCCGCACUCAACUUCAUCACCUUCAACCAGGACCACAACUGCCUGGCUGUCGGCACCUCGCGCGGCUUCCGCAUAUACCACACCGAUCCUUUCUCCAAGAUCUUCAGCAGCGAUGACGGCAAUGUCUCCAUCAUUGAGAUGCUCUUCUCGACCUCCCUGGUCGCCCUGAUCCUCUCCCCCCGCCAUCUCAUCAUCCAAAACACAAAGCGCGCGUCCGUCAUCUGCGAGCUCACCUUUCCCUCCGCCGUGCUGGCCGUCCGUCUCAACCGGAAGCGUCUUGCCGUUGUGCUGGAGGACGAGAUAUACCUCUACGAUAUCUCCAACAUGAGCCUCCUUUUCACCAUCGCCACAUCGCCGAACCCCAGCGCCAUCUGCGCCCUGUCGCCCUCGUCGGAGAACUGCUACAUCGCCUACCCUUUGCCCAAGCCGCGCGAGGACCGCGAUGACAAGCGCCCCAGCCACGCCCCGCCGCCGUCAACUUUCGUGCCCCCCACAUCGGGUGAGGUGCUCAUCUUCGACACCUUGACCCUCAAGGCCGUCAACGUCAUCGAGGCCCACCGCUCUCCCCUGUCAUGCGUCGCCGUCAACAGCGAGGGCACCCUCCUGGCUACCGCCUCCGAGACGGGCACCAUCAUACGCGUCUUCAGCGUGCCCAAGGGGCAGAAGCUAUACCAGUUCCGCCGUGGAACCUAUCCCUCCACCAUCUACAGCAUGUCCUUCAACCUCAGCUCAACCCUCCUCUGCGUCUCCUCCACCUCGGACACGGUCCACAUAUUCCGCCUCGGCGCACCUCAUGGAGGCGGUCCCGGAAGUGCUCAUAUGCUGCCCGCAGCCGCCUCUGGUGCCAGCGCUAUCACUUCCGCGUCACACGCGCACCGCCGCUCCAGGUCCAGGGGCUACGACAGCGGCACCGACUCACCCGGCAGCACGGCAGGCUCCCCCCACAGCGACCCCGCCGAGCUCGCCGGCAACGGGGCUUCGUCGGGCGCCGACGGCGCGGCCGGCGGCCGGGACGGACCCCACAAGAGGCAGCAGAGCGGUUCUUUCAGUGGCAUGCUCCGCAGGUCCUCCCAGCUGAUGGGUCGCAGCGUUGCCGGCGUUGUCGGCUCGUACCUCCCCCAGACUGUCACGGAGAUGUGGGAGCCUGCGCGCGACUUUGCUUACAUCAAGAUCCCCAAGUCGUCAUCUUCGGUAGUGUCCCCGCGACAGGGCGGCGGCGUCAGCGGCGCGGUGGGCAGCAUAUCGUCUCCGCCAGGCCCCCACUCGAACGGGCCCCUCCGUAGCGUCGUCGCCAUGAGUAGCAGCAGCCCGCAGGUCAUGGUGGUGACAAGCGACGGUGGCUUCUACGUCUUCAACAUCAACAUGGAGCACGGCGGCGAAGGAUACUUGGUGAAGCAGUUUUCGGUACUCGAUGGCGAUGACAAGCUCGAUGCGUCAUCAUACGGGGCCUAGAGAGACGUGGCCUCUCUUGCCAUGGUCCUUUCUUCGUCCCCUUCUUUCUUUCUUGUUCUCUUUCGGCUUUCCCUCCUUGGAUCAGGUUGUCUCCCUUAUCGUCUUUCCAUUUUCAGUUCGAACUUUCAUUUGUCGGAUGCAUCAGCGUGUGGCGUUACGUCCAUAUCCCAUUUACUCCCACGGUACCUUUAUUAUACUACGUAAUCGCCCAACUCGACAGUUAUCCAACUUUACUCAGGACCUUAUCCUCGGUAGGGUCUCACAUCUCUUUCGCGCUGGCGUCGGAGAAGCGACGCAUUUUAGAUUUUGGAAAUAUAGCCCUAUAGCUACAGGCAUGAGUGCCAGACUAGCAAGUCUCCUCAUAUCGUGGCUACCAAUUGACCACGCAAGGUAUUAUCCCUCAUUUAUAUUGCUCUUAGUGCUUACGGAAUAUUGUUAUUAUUCAUAAAAAAG